UAAUCUUUCCGAUGCUGAUUUGUAUAUUACUAUAUUGAUAAAAUAAGGUCCUAAAUUUUGACCCUAAGUGGGCGUCCGAAGUAAACAUGUCGACGGCUUGCAAAAAACUUGUAAAUACUGUGGAAAGAUGUGUUGAUGAGAAUUUAGAAGGACUUGUAGCGGUAAACCCAGGUCUUCGCUUGGUCGAGGGUCACAGAGUUGUGAUUCGCGCUGACAUCAACGAUGCAAUUGCCAGUGGGAAAGUUAGUCUAAUAUGUGGUGGUGGGUCCGGCCAUGAACCUGCUCACGCAGGUUUCGUUGGCAAAGGAAUGCUGAGUGGUUCUGUGGCAGGAGCUGUUUUUACAUCACCUCCUCCUCAAAGUAUACUGGCAUGUCUUAGAGCCGUCGCAAAGAAAAAUGCAGCUGGUUGUGUAAUGGUUGUGACUAAUUAUACUGGGGACAGACUCAAUUUUGGUUUGGCCCUUGAGCGUGCUAGACACGAACACAUAAACGUGGAAAUGGUCAUUGUUGGCGAGGACUGUGCUGUUACUAGCAGCGAUAAAACUGCUGGGAAGAGGGGACUUGUCGGCACUAUUCUUAUUCUAAAGAUAUGCGGUGCUUUAGCAGAAGAAGGGAGAUCAUUAGAAGAUAUUGUAAGAAUUUCAAAGGAUGCAGUGACGAAAAUGGGCACCAUUGGAUUAAGUUUAUCGUCGUGUACAAUACCAGGAGCAGGAGCAACAUUUACUUUAGGAGCUGAUGAGAUUGAGCUCGGACUUGGAAUUCAUGGGGAAGCUGGCGUGAAGAGAACAAAGUUGGUGUCGGCUAAUGAAGCUGUUAGAAUGAUGAUUGACCACAUGACAGACCCAAACAACAACUCAAGACUAGAAGUCAAAGCAGGUGACAAGGUUGCAUGUAUGAUUAACAAUCUUGGUGGUACGUCUGUGUUAGAAUUGAAUAUCAUUGCAAGGGAAGCCAUCUUGUUGUUAGAGUCGAGAGGUGUAGAGGUAGAAAGAGUUUAUUGCGGAUCUUUUACAACAUCCUUAGAGAUGGCUGGUAUUUCUAUCACUCUGUUGCAUUUAGACGAUACACUUAGGAAUUGUUUAGAUGCAGAAACAAGUGCACCAGGUUGGGUUCGUCCUUAUUUACCCUGUGGUCAACGUACCAGAACAACUCCUCAAAAGAUUGUUUCAGAAGAUUCACAACAUAUCACAACACAGCAAACUGUGAAAGACACAGUCAGUGCAGAUAUGAAGAAACUACUAUAUAAUAUGGUUAAGACGGCCGCUGAACAGCUGAUCGCAUCUGAAGAGAAAUUAAACGGUCUAGAUAAAGAAAGUGGUGAUGGUGAUUGUGGGAGCACCAUGGCACGUGGGGCACAAGAAGUUUUAUCAGAACUAAAUAGCAAAGACAAUCCAUUGCCUGUUGGUAAUCCUGCAGAACUGGCCAAGAGACUGGGGAACAUUGCUGAGGUGUCAAUGGGAGGCUCAUCUGGAGGGUUAUAUAGCUUAUUUUUCACCACUGUAGCUGGUGAACUACAAAAAGAAAUUUCUCCUUUAGCGUGGAGCAGUGCAUUAGCUGCAGGUGUUACGACCAUACGGAAGUACGGUGGUGCUGAUCCUGGGGAUAGAACAAUGUUGGAUGCAUUGUAUCCUGCAAGCGAAGAAUUAUUAUCUUGCCUUAAAGCCAACAAAUCACCUCUAGAUUCAUUUAAAUCAGCUGUCCAGAAAUGUACAGAAGGUGCCAAGAGUACAGCGACAAUGAAGGCAAGGGCAGGACGUUCUAGUUACGUUAGUCAGGACAGGUUGACAAAUCCCGACCCAGGUGCAAUGGCUGUUACAAUCUGGUUAUCGGCAGUGCUGGACAUUCUUUCCAAAUAGUUUAUAGACUUUGUAAAUUACAAUGUGAUGACAUUGUUUUUGCUACUUGAUAAGUCUUCCGUUUAGAAAUACCAAUACAUAUCUGACUUGAUUAGUUAUCCACAACA